AUGUCCACUACGCAGAUCCAGAUACUGCCCGACCUGGCCUGGCUGAUGCUCCAAGGUAGGAGAGCUCUGAGACCUAUCACCCAGGCUCUGCAGGCUAAAGAAAUCCGAUACCGUUGGGGCUACCCAUUCUCACUAACAGCAUCCCACCAAGGAGUACAGAGUUGCAUCACCAUAGUCCUCGAUGUGCCAGACUUCAUUAAAACAUUUGAUCUCCCUCAAAUUGAGAUUCAGGACUGGUAUGACCCUUUGGCGCAGGGAGCACCAGAAGCCCUACCACAGAGGACUCGAUGGAGAGAAAUGGCGGAGAAGAGGAGAACUCCGGGGAAGAGGCUCCCCUACACACCCACGUCCAUGCCUCAGCCUGCAUCGCGAGGCACCUAA